AUUCACAAACACCUUGAGAAGUUCGACAACAAAUGACUUUCAUAUUAUCUAUUGUAUAUUUUAAAAUGAGAAUUAAAAUGAUCGCUUCAAUACAGGGAUUUAUUCUAAAGUGAUAGAAGAUUUUGAUAAAUGUCAUAUGUAAGAUAUGGAAUAAGUACUGAUAUUGCAUUAGUACUUCAACGGUGUGUAGUGAUGUCUUACGGAGAAUGAUUAAAGGUUAUUGUUAAGUUGAUAAGGACACAACAUUGAUAAAAUGGACAUUAUAUAACACGUGAUAAAAUGUCAGUAGACACCUUUACGCUGUUUGUCGUUCUUCCAGACGACAGUGUGUGCACGCUUAGAAACCUCACUUCCGGUGUAAAUAUCGAAGAGGUUAAAGCGAGGCUAGAAUUGAUAGCUGGACUACCAUCGCAUAUUUUUAUUUUGAUUUAUCCUGAUGGCGAAAAGUUACAAGAUCAUCAGAAACUUUUGAUGCGAGAAAAUAUAAAAGAUGGUUAUGUUUUGAGAGUACAUGUUAUUGAACAUUGGGAAACCUUAUAUAACUCUGUCUUUAGAAACAAUAUAGAAAGUGUAUACCACAAUGGAGGUGUUCACUUGAAGGGAAAUAUGGUGAUAAACGCCGAAGAGUCAGGAAAAGUUGAAAACGCCGUUUACGAUCGAGGAUGUGUAGCUUUAUUUAUGUCAAGUUUUCUUGGUUUACUACGUAUGUGCAAUAUGUUAAUCACCGUUGGUGUAGAUAUCAACGGUACUACGCAAUUUGGGAGAACAGCACUGCAUGCAGCUGCAUCGAAAGACAAUCUUAUUACACUCAAAUAUCUUAUUGAUCAUGGUGCAAAAAUAUAUAUUACAGAUUUGUUAGGAAAGUCGCCAUUGGAUGUAGCACAAAGCUGUUCGUCACACAUGUGUGAAAAAAAUCUGAAAAUCAUGCAACUGAAUUUACGUGGCAAUAACAAAAUAGUUAAGAAUCCGAAGGCGAUAUAUAAUACACUGCAACUCUCUGACAGGAAAAAUCAUAAAAUGAAUAAAGAUCAGAUGAUAAGACCAAAAUCUUUAGUGGAAUGCAGAACUAGUAUAAAAGAUGAUUCUCAAAAAACAAGACCACAAACUCAUUAUUCUACAAGGCAACCUUUAGGAAGAAGCCCUAAAGGUUCAAGAGCUGUGGCAUGGGUAUCGAUUCAAGACAACAAAGUCAACCGAAAUAUUGGGAAGACGCCUAAUUAUCAUAAAUUUCAAAACGUAACGAAGAUGGAAACUUUAGAUGAGAAUGCUGUAACAUGUAAACCGCUACCACUUUUAAAGAAGAAGUCAUGUUUGAAAUUUACAUCCGGGCCUGAUGAAAAAGCUAUUUCUAGAUCUACGCAGACUACACCUGUAGCAUCUAAAACAGAUGUUUCUACCACGCCUAUGUUGUUUGCACCUCCCAGCAGCCGUUUGGAUGGGAGCACUGUAACAGAUGAGAUUGAAGAUCGUGCAAUGUCUGCUAGAACGAGAUCUAGUAAAUCUGGGAAACUUGUGUCGUUUUCUCACAAGGAAAGACCCGAGUUUCAAGAUUUUACAGAAUCGUCUCGUGUUAUGAAGAGACGCAUUAAUCUAGCAGCCAAUCGAAGUGCACAUCAUUCCGACCAACGCGAAACGUCAACGCCGAAACGCUCAGGAGUAAUUCAUGAUCGAUGGGCAGACAGAAAAAAAGUCAUAAAUAAGUCGGUUCGUCAAGACAUCUCAAGUAGCGACGAUGACAGUGAUUUUGACGAUGAUGAUAGUGGGAAUGGUUCUGAAGCAAAUGCUGAGGCUUAUGAUGCCUGGUUAAAGAGAAAAGAAGUGGAAAGUAAAAGAAUGCCAAGAAAGGUAACUCGACCUAUCCAUGACAUUAUAAAAAUAGGCAGCACUGAAGUAGGUGAUGGCCGUAAUCCUUCCGCGGAACAUAACAUUACAGCCUAUAGAGACUGGUUUGAAAGACGAAAAACGAAUAGGAGGACGCCUAAUUUAGAAAGAAUAAAGUCGAUGAAAGAUUUUAUGUCCCAGAAGAAAAUGCUCGAAGAAAAGCGCCAGAAACUGCUUAUGACUGCAAUCUCAUAUGACGAAUGGAUGGACCAAGAAUAUGAUCGUCGGGCGCUCAUACGCAAGAUUUUACAGGCAGAUUAUGAACAAUUAAAAGUGAUGGAGCAAGAAAACAAUAAGAAUCAAGCUCCUGUACAAAAUACAAAUAACAAAUGGCAAGAGGAAGUCAUGAAACGAGAGGAAAUGGAAAGGAAAAGACGAGAAAUACAACAAAGUUAUAGUGAAGAAAAAGAGAAGUGGAGAAAAGAAAUUAUGAAAAAUAGUAUUACUGUCUCACAUAAUGACUGGCUACGCGGGAAAAAUUCACAAACCCCUCGAUUAUUGAUGAGAUCUAACUCGAAGGGAGCACCCGGAAGUGACGUUAAACGUGCGGUAGAAGCUGAUAAGGCGUACCAAGACUGGAUGAAACGAAAACAUUCAGAAGACAUUUCGGAUAUUCAGAGGCAAGUGGAAACCGAAAGAGACAUGCUUCACUCGUGUAGACAACGCCGAACCGCACAAAUUCUCACAUGUUAGUGUUGUUAGGUUUCAUAAAUUCGACACAGAUAUAUAUAUUCACCCAAAUCUUUCAGACACACUGUAACAUUCUUCUAUAUCGACAUUUGUUUUAAGCAUUUUUUAAUGGUUAAGCUAUUGCACAACAGAAAACAAUUUGAACACUUACUUUGCCUUCCGAAUUAUUUUUAAAAAUCAAAUCAGUUUCAUUGGAAAGGUUUGAUGAUCAAUGUCUUACAAGAUAUAAUCAAUAUUAUAAUAUAAUUCCUCUUAUUUAUCAUAAUCUAUACAGCUAUGGUAAUCUAUAGCUAUAAUCUAUCUGUCACAAAAUACCCCCCCCCCCCCCCCCCCCCCAAGUCAAACUAACCGCACAUUGAAAAAGUAUAACCUCACAGAUAAAAAAUUUUAUAACAAGACACAUAUCGUAUAUUUACAUCAAACACUGAAACAUUUCUAAGUUGUGUUUCAACUCUUCAAGUCCUUGGUUGCUUUGAUGAAAUUAUAAUGACGCUUAUUAAUAAAUUGGUCGAUAUAUAUAUAUAUAUA